UCUUCCCUGGCGCCGCCUCUAUGGUAGCACCGGCCUUCGUUGCCACAGGGGUGGUGGCGGGUGUUAGAAGACUGAGGGUUUCUCUCUUUUUUCUGCCUUGGCUUUGGGAGUGAAAGGUCGCGAUGUCAGAGAAAAAACAGCCGGUAGACUUGGGUCUUCUGGAGGAGGACGACGAAUUCGAGGAGUUUCCCGCCGAAGACUGGGCUGGUUUAGAUGAAGAUGAAGAUGCCCAUGUCUGGGAGGAUAAUUGGGAUGAUGACAAUGUAGAGGAUGACUUUUCCAAUCAGUUACGAGCCGAAUUGGAGAAACAUGGUUAUAAAAUGGAGACCUCAUAGCAUUCAGAAGUGUUGACUAAACUUGAACUGUUUACUAAAAUCUAGGACAGAAAACCCAGGAUGAGACCCUUAAAAAAAAUGUUUAUUUUGUUUUCAGAUUGGGGUUAUUUUUGUUUUUGUAACAAAAAAUAAAUGUUUUGAUCUAAUCUUGA